CACACAUACAGUAGUAAUUACUUGGUGUUAUUUAAUCUCAGCUGCUGAUGCUUUUGAUCACACAUUUUGUUCUUUGAUGCUGUCUCCAUUUAAAUGUCAUUUGCAUGAUUUGGAGGGCUGUACUGCUUUGGAUGGAGAACCAAACCUCGGUGAUUCCUCUCAAACAGCCGAUUGUGUUUGAACUGGAGGGCUUUGAUGUUCAACCAGGCAACGGACCGUUCUUGUUUCUGUUGGCUUUGCUCGCCUACAUAGCGGUGCUACUGGGGAACGGUGUGGUGAUCUGUGUUAUUAUGACAGACAAGAACCUGCACAGACCCAUGUUUGUUAUGAUCUGUCACCUCAUGGUCUGUGACCUGCUGGGGGCCACAAUGGUGCUUCCUCGCCUCAUGAUGGAUCUGUUGAUGGGGCUGAAGAAGAUCGCCUACAUCCCAGCCAUCGUCCAGGCAUUCUGCGCUCACACAUAUGGUGCAGCAAUGUCGACUGUUUUAGCUGCGAUGGCCUAUGACAGGUAUGUGGCAGUGUAUGAGCCUCUCAGGUAUCUCUCCAUCAUGACUUCGGCUCGGCUGCACAGCUGCUGCGCUGUGGCCUGGAUCGUUGCGCUGCUGCUCAUCGCUGUGCUCUUCUCUUUCCACAUGAACGUCCCGCUGUGCGGAAAUCUAGUCCAACACGUCUACUGCAGCAACCGGGGCAUCCUGAACCUGGCCUGCAUUCCCACGCCUGCCAGCAACAUCUACGGUCUAGCGAUGACCUGGACUUUAAGCACAGGGACCUUCAUCAUCAUCGCCUAUUCCUACAUCAGGAUCCUGACUGUUUCCCUAAAACAAGGCAGAACAAACCGCAGCAGCCGCAGCAAGGCUUUUCAGACCUGUGCUCCACACAUUGUUGUUUACGUUCUCUAUCAGACCUCGUCACUGAUUGUGAUUUUAAUUCAGAGGUUCCCCUCUCUUUCCCAAAACAUGAAAAAGUUCUUCAGCGUUCUUGUCUUUAUCGUUCCCCCGAUACUCAACCCCAUCAUCUAUGGACUGGUCAGUAAGGACCUGAGGGUCAGCUUUAUCAAACGCCUCUCAACCAGAGUAAGAAACAAAACGUAGCGCUAACACUGCAGCUGCUGUUCUCACAUUAUCUAACUCCUCUGGUGGAACUUAUGCUUCUUAUAGAUGCUGUAAAAAGUUUAUCGCUCAUGAUCUAAGAGGUCGCACAUCAUUUGGUUUCUGUGACUGAUAGAGGUGUGUAUGCAUGUUUUUAUUUAACCAGGAGAAUAACUUAACUGAGGUUAAAAUCGUCUUUUCCAAGAGUUACUGGGGCGACACAGCAACAAAAAGCAGCAAAUCCAAAAUACAAGACCAAAUAUACACAACCAAGAGACUGCGUUUAACUAAACAAAGGUUCAGUACCAGGAGGUGAGGGAUCUGAUGCCUCUGCCCUUCAUAAUGGAUUGAAUUGCCCCAAGGUCAUAAGAGGUGAUAACUUUACAUCCUUCAGUUUACGAUUCCAGGUGGCAGAAAAUGUGAAAACCACCAACAAUCCAUGUGCAAAGAACACAACAAGCUGCUUUGUAUUUAAACCUGACACUCACUGAAAUAAUAAAGCACAUUUUAUUUAA